AGCUAGUGGAAGCGGUGAGUGAAGAGGUCAAAUUUCUGUUAUAUUCACUGUUGUUUUUAAAAGUAUGUAACGGGAAACAACUUCCUUAUGACUUAAAUGACAGGACAAAUGUUAGUUUGCAUGGUUUUCGGUUCAUAUUCUGUUUUUUUUUUGGUGGUAAAAAUACUCGCCUGUCGGUGUGAUUCUGUAAAGGCAGCACACAUAUACCCUUCUCAUGGUGGAUGGUAGUUGGAAAUACUAUAUUGUAAUAGUGUUUCUAUUUUAAAAAAAAUAAAAAAAAUUUUUUAAUAAGAAAACAAUAUAAGCACUAUGUUAAACGGUCGUCAGUUUGUGGAGGCUAUGGGACGUCUGGGUUACCCCGAUUCAUCCUCACUGAAGGCCUCCGAGUUCGACUGGCUGUUUGACAGCGCCCCGGAAAACCUCCACUUUUUGCGUUUUGUCUGUCGGUCACUAAACCGGACAAAUGUGUUGACCCCGGAGGAAGCGUCUGCUUUCCAGGAGCUUUGCAAUUCUGGCAACCCCAUUCUGGAUGAAACCACAUUAGGAGAGGUCCUCAAAACCGUCGGACCAUCUAAGGAGAACAGUACAAUCGCCUUGUCUUCAUCUUCGUCCAUGUUUGCAGCAGAUCCUGGUGUUUCUUUAGAAGAUUUGGAAGCAGAGCUCCGGGCGCUCCAUGAGGAGAAAGAGCUGAAACAGGGUCGUUAUAAAAAGUUGCAGGUCGCAGCCACUUCUCGUGCAGAUAUUGACCUUCGUCUGGCCACAGAAUCGGAGAGUGCUGUGUCCGGGUUAAUCGAGAUCAAUGCUUAUCUUGGAGCCGAGAACGCGGACACCAACAGUGUACUACAAAGCUUCACAGAUGAGGUCAGCAGGCUCACAUCUUACUUCUCUGCUCAGUCUGAAGCCAUACAAAGUGACAAAAGGGAGUCUGUUAGCAGAGCGCCCACAGCUCUUCUAUCCCAGCUCUCCUUGGAUCCAUAUCUGCAUCAAGAGGAGCUUAACACCAAAACACUCUCCGCCUUUACCCGGAGGCACUUCUUCACUGGCAUUUCGGACAUCAUUGAAACUUCUUACUCCCUCCAGCUGUUGGACCUCAGCUCUUGUGAAGGUGAAGAAAAAGAGAAGGAAGAGAGUGCCGUGGAGCAAAAGAGAACCGAAAUGGCCAGACUUCAGUGGUCUCACAUUGUGGCUCAGCAUCAGCUGAUGCAAGCCACUGCAGAGGAGAAAAGUGUCAAGGCUGGACUAGACUGGCUCUCUGACAACUCAUCUUGCAAGAGCAUCUCCAACUCUUCCUCGCUUCAAGUGCGCGAGAUGGUGUCGAGAAAGGAGCUGCAGGUUGUGGAGGGGGAACUCGAAGCACUGCUCCAUGGACCGGUGCCUGCUGCCCUUCGGGAGUCAGCGCGGGUGAUUAACGUGCCUAUUGUGAAGGGAGACCUGGCCGUGCAACUGGCCAGGCAGAACUACCUCACAUCUCAACAAAAUCAAGUACGCAAUGUCCUGCUCCGCCAGAAGGCCUCCUUUGACAUUGUCCUCUUGGGCCAUGAGGUGGAGCUGAAAUGCUGGAGGGCUUGCCUGAAGCAGCUUAGUGAUGUGAGCAGCAGACUUGUUGAAGAACAUGAAGUGGCGUCCAUCCGGACGCAGGCUCUAGCUCAUCCUGAGCUAGCAGUUAACACGAGGCCAAGAUCCAUCAUCAGCUGCAAGGACGCUGCACUCAGCAGACUCCUCCAGAUCAUGGAUUUCGCCCAGGCGACAGCAGAACCUUUCCGGUCACUCGAAGAACUGGACCAGGCUGUGUGCAAUCUAGCAAACAAUCUCCAGGUGUCCCGUGAUGCACUGGCAGCUGCCAACUGGGAGCAGAACUUUUCUAUGGCUCAACUGGAAGGCCACUGCGAGGCUCUUCACAGGGCCAUGUACACAGAGUUCCAGCAGCUGGUCUUAAGUCCACGCCUAUGUUCUAUGGCCAUCACUAACCAAGAACUGCUCUGUCCCAAUGCACAGGAGCUGACCAAAAAGCUUGCUGUUGCAGAGUCACAGCUGCAGAGUUUGCAAGAGGUCAUGCAAGAUAUAAUCAAAGAGGUGAAAGCCAAAGGCUCCCAGCUUGAGCACAACCCCCUCCUUAGUCGGGAGAGAGAUCUUUACAAUUACUUCCACUUGGAUGCUAGACUCCUUCAGAAAGUUGUGGAGGAGCUGGAGAGCAAAUUGAGACAGAGGAAGGAACAGCCAUGAUGCUAAAACAAAAAAACAUUGUUUUUCUUUGUUUUGCUUUUAAUGAUCUUGCCAAACAGUCUUGUAAUGUCUUUGUUUGGCACAUGUUCUCUAAUAAAUAAACAUUUCUAAGCAGUC